AUGUCAGGCUUAUUCGGUGGCGGUGCCGCCAACCCGACCCAAGGCGACCUUAGCAAGGACGUCCAAGUCACCAAUGGCCCCAGCGACAGCAUCUCCGACAUGGUCUUCAGCCCCGCCUCCGACCACCUCUCCGUCACGAGCUGGGACAGCAAAUGCUACAUCUACUCCAUCAGCUCCAAUGGUGAAAGCAGUGGCGUCGCCAUGCUCGAACACCAAGGCCCCGCCCUAAGCACCUGCUGGAGCAAAGACGGCCAAAAAGUCUUCAGCGCCGGAGCAGACAAGGCGGCACGCAUGCUCGACCUUGCAGCCGGCCACACGCAAUCCAGUCAAGCCACCCAAGUCGCUGGCCACGACCAACCCAUCCGCUGUGUGGAGAGCGCCAUGGUAAACGGCAGCCAAAUCCUGAUCACGGGCGGCUGGGACAAAAUGGUAAAAUACUGGGAUCUACGCCAGCAAACACCCAUCGGCCAACUCGAAUGCAAAGACCGCGUCUACACCAUGGACGUCAAAGACAACAUGCUCGUGGUCGGCACCGCAGACCGCUGGAUCGAAGUCGUCAGCCUCGCCAACCCCGGCACCCCCUAUAAAGUCAUCCAAUCCCCGCUGAAAUGGCAAACCCGCGUCUGCACCAUCUUCUCCCCCGAAGCCAACGGCUACGCGAUAGGGUCCAUCGAAGGCCGCUGCGCCAUCCAAUACGUCGAAGAUAAAGACCAAAACGGCAAUUUCUCCUUCAAAUGCCACCGCCAAACCUCCACCACCGACCGCAACCUCUCCAACGUCUUCAGCGUCAACGCCAUCUCCUUCCACCCCGUCCACGGCACCUUCAGCACGGCCGGCAGCGACGGGACCUUUCAUUUCUGGGACAAAGACGCUAAACACAGGUUGAAGGGUUACCCGGAGGUAGGCGGGACGAUCAGCGCGACGGACUUUGAUAGAAGUGGGAAUAUUUUCGCCUAUGCGGUCAGUUAUGAUUGGAGCAAGGGGCAUCAGGCGAAUAAUCAACAGUUGCCGAAUAAGAUCAUGUUGCAUCCGGUUAUUGGGGAUGAGUGUAAGCCGCGGCCGAAGACGGGGAAGAGGUAG